AUGUCCGAGGUUAUUUUAGGAACUGAAAUAAUUGGAAAGAAUGGAAUUAAAUUAUUUACAAGAUUAAUAGAUACCAAUGAUACAGAUAAGAUUGUUGAAAUUGUUAAUUGGGCAUAUCGUGGUAAAGAUGGUACAAAUCCUUGGGCCACUGAAAAAGAUUUAGUAACUGGAUUUAGAGUUACACCAGAAAUGUUACAUUCAGAUUUAAAUACAGACAAUAAAUUAAUGAAAUUAAUGUUAAUUGAACAUAUAAUUGAAGAUAAUAUUGAUGGUGCAUCAGAAGCAUCAGAAGCUACAACCACCACUACAAAUACUGUAUCAGCAGAUCAAAAAAGAUUAAUUAUUGGAUGCGUUAAAAUUGAAAGAGAAUCAUUGGAAUCAAAAGAAGCAGUUAUUGGUAUGUUAAGUGUUGACCCAAGUUAUCAAUCGAGUGGUAUUGGUUCAAUUUUAGUUAGAUUAGCAGAAGGAGAAAUAAUAAAAACUUUCAAUGUUUUUGAAUCACAUUUGCACGUUGUAAACGUACGUGAUACUUUAAUUGCAUGGUACAAUAAAUUAGGAUACAUAACUACUGAAACAACUUUUCCAUUUGAUGUUGAUAGUAAUGUUGCAUUAAAACAAAUUCACUUUGUAUUAUUAGUAAAAAAUUUAUUAAAAAAAUAA